UACGAUUUGUGUUAAAUGGAUGUUCCAGAGCUCCAAAUGGCUCCGUCAAUCUCUAGAGAGAAGUUGGUAUCACUAACCGAGAACAAGACAGUCAGGAUCUUGCCCAUCAUUCGUUCAUUCGAACGUAAGGACCAAUUAGCAUGCCAAAACAUUUUUAAAGAUGGAUAUCAAGAGUUUAUAAAAAGUAUCACAGUAAUAUAUUUAUCGUUUCUGGUAAGGUAUAUUGUCAUGGCUGCCAUGUUUGCCAUACUUGCAGCAGUGAUUUGGUCGGCAUGGAUCUUUGUUGUGGUUGUGGUGAUGGCAUGCAUGGUUUUGGCAUUCAUCUACAUACAUUUACAGUUGACAGGCUGGUUCUAUAUUAAUCAUACACUGAAUUCAGGUGAUUUAAAGGACAUCGAAGAGUCUUACAUGUCGAUUCAACAGUCGCACUUGUGGGUAGCAGAGUUGAAUGGAAGAGUUGUUGGGAUGGUGGGCCUCAUUCACGAGGAAAACUUCGAACAAGGCGUCUAUGAACUCAAGCGCAUGUACGUUGUGCCGAGUUGUAGAGGAAUGGGGAUCGCUAAAAACCUGAUUAAUGAACUUAUCUCACAUACCAAGACAAAUAGAAUAAAAUUGGUUUUCUUAAAAACAACGUCUACACUGGUGCCAGCGAUUCAACUGUACAUGAAGAAUGGUUUCACAUUUUCCAGCGCUGAUCUAAAUGGCAAGUUAACCGAUGUGCCUGUCAUCAGCAAACGGAAUUUACCACAAGACAUACACCUCAAGUUAGAAAUUUCCUCAUUAGCUGCACCUUAAAAUAUUCCUUCAAGUAUGACAUGUCUUCGCACCUUUCCAAUUUAGGUGAACAUUUCGUAAUUUCAUCCGCAAGCUUUGAGGCAGCUCCUUUCCUUUCGUAACUGUUAUGGUAGAAAGUGCACGUUUUAUGAGCCAUAAUUCGGCUGGAUCCCUUUAAACAAGAAGCUUUUUAAUCACUUAUUUUAAAAUAAUCUAGAUUAAUGAAAAAUAUAGGAAAGAUUGUUGCAAAGCAUAACAAAUAUGCAGCCUAAGAUGUUGUGGCGCUUAUGGUGGGGUACCUGUUCGUUGAAAAUGAAAAUAUGGCCGUGGCUACGUGGGUACUGGCCGAAAGCGAAUUACUCUUUUUCAUUCAAAAGCCGCUCGCUCUAGAUUAAUCCUGAUUGCUUAACUCUUAUGGCAAAAGCCAGGGUGUAAGUGUGUUUUAAGGCACGAAAGAUGAUAAUCAGCUUUUAAGUCGCUGCAAUAAACUUUUUAACGUUUUUUGUUAAUUGUCACAGGAAGAAAUUAACCGUUAGCCGUAAAAUGGCCAUAAUUUUAACCGUUGGGUGUAAAAUCCAUCACUCCAUUGAGAAUCUCUUAAUUUAGCUUUAAUCAAUAAAAAGCAAGUUGGAAACAUUAAUCUAUAAAAGCAUGCAGCACCAA